AUGACGCACGGUUUCGACUUCGGUGGAGGCCAUCACUGCCACCAGCACCACGCCGUCCACACCCACCAUCACCAUACGACGCACCAUCACACUACACACCACAGCACAACUACACACCACAGCGCAACUCAUCAUCGGUGGCGAGAUCACACUGUCCAGUAUCACCACCAACGUGGUCAUGGUGUGGUCCACCACCGACACCAUCGACAUCACAACCUUCCCUGGGACUCGCCGAUUGCAUACUUUCCGGGUCCUUUGGCGCCUGCUUCGCGUGCACCAGUGCCAAAGGGCAUGCUGCGACCCAAACAGCAGGAGGUCGUUGUGGUUGGUGGUGGCUCUUCUCCUGAUCUUCACGGCGCGAGCAUCUGGCUGCCAAGACUAGGCCUUCAUGCCUACGACAAGGUCGUGUAUUUCGAAGUGGUCGUUACUCCCAAAAACGGUGCCCCAUGGCAAGUGCUGCGUCGCUACAACCACUUCCGGGCAUUGGUCAAGGAUCCUGCCAUCUCCGCCGUCUUCGCCGGUGCAACUAGAAGCUUUCCGCCAAAGAUUUGGCACACGCCACGCAGUGAAGAGCUCCAGGAGCGCCGGUCUCGCUUAGAAGAGUGGCUGAAGGCGGCUUUGAUCCAGGCAAGCUCUUAUGGGGAGCUGCCCGUGGCCCUCCGGAAGUUCUUGCUGCUAGGGCGGACUCCGAAGUUGCAAGCUCAGCAGCCAGCCACAGCAAGGGGCAAGCUCCAGGACUGUACGCUGUCCUUUGCUGCGGAAGCCUUUGACAAUACGACCGCUUCUGCACCACUUGCAGAGGGUGGUGAUGAUGGCUUAGAGUUGCUCCAUGUUCCGAUCCCUGCUUCGCUGGGACCGGAGGACUUGCUUCAGGUGAAAACACCAGAUGAGAAAAUCAUCGUCAUCAGCAUCCCGUGGGGCCUAGCGCCCGGUGCGACGCUGCAGCUCUGGUGGGAUCAGGCGGCAGAAGCCUGA